AUGUCGGAUAAAGCAUUGGAGGUGUUCAAGUCUAUUGCGCUUUUUGUAGCAGCGGGGCUGUGCGAGAUUGGAGGGGGUUGGUUUGUGUGGAAGUGGCGGAGAUCGGGUUGGCAUUGGGGAUUUUUUAUACUAGGAAGUGCAAUUUUGGUUCUGUAUGGGAUAGUCCCGACUUUGCAAGAUGAAAUGUUCGGACGCGUCUAUGCUGCGUAUGGUGGUUUCUUCAUUCUGCUCUCAUUUUUCUGGGCUUGGGCUUUUGACGGCGUGCAGCCUGAUCGCUGGGACCUCAUUGGCUCCGCCAUUGCCAUUGGAGGAGUUUGUCUCAUAAUGUUCAUUCCGCGUAGGCAACAUAAUCCUGCUCCUGAUCCUAGUCGCAUUUCCGUUUCUUAG